AUGUAUCACCCCCUUUCUGGGAAAGAAAACUAUGAAGCAAAGGCGAUCCGACUGAGCAACGAGGCGCUGCGGGAACGCUGCAAGGAGCUGCAGGAGUUCCAGGCGCGGAACAAGAGUGAGAAGGAAUUUGUGCUGACCCGGUUCCGGGAGGCCAGGAGGCUGGUGGAGCAGCUGAGGGUUGCCAACUGCGAGCUGCAGCGCAGGGCAGGGGAGACGGGCCCCGAGCUCAAGGGGCCGGCCGCGGACGGGCAAGCCCGCUGCAACGGGGAGAGUGCGGAGAGCUCCCUCGCCUCGUACACCACCAUCACCCAGAGCAUGUUCAACUGUCCCACUGCACCCCAAGCGGAGGAACCCCAGGGCCAGGCGGAGAGCUCGGAAUUCGUGCGCCUCCUGAAGUCACGGAAGGAGGAACUCGAGGGGGACCUGCAGGCACUGAGGCUGGAGAACCGGCUGCUACAGCAACAGCUGGCGCAGGAGAGAGGGGCUGACAGAAACAGUGAAGAAACUACGGGCCAGUCGCCAGUCAGGAGGCCGGAUCCCCAGGACCGACUGCCCGGGGCAGGCGAACAUCUGGACCAGCUGGAGAACCGGCUGAAGCAGCAGGAGGCAGACUUCGAGGCCAAAGUUCAGGGUCUGACCCGGCAGGUCGAGCAACUGUCCGACGACCGCACAUCACUGAAAGCGCAGGUCACCUCGCUGCUGGCUGAGCUGGUGGAGAGCCAGUCCACAGUGGAAACCAUGAGGAAACACAGCACUGUGCUGGAGGACAAGUGCCAGGUGUUGGAAGAGCCGCCCUGGAGAGCUCAGGAGAAGGAAGCAGAGGCACAGAAGAAGCAGUCAAGUGUCACCAUCGACCAACUGCGCAUCGUGGCCCACAACUCCGAGUCUGCCCUGAAGACGGAGCGACAGAACGCGUCCGAGGACAAGCGGAAGCUGGCACAGCUACAGGCGGCGUACCAUCAGUUGUUUGCAGAAUACGAUCUCACUGUCAAGGACGGCAAGAGAAACCGGGGCCAGGCAGACGACAUUGGGGAGCAGCUGAGGGAGGCCGAGGCCGCGCUGGCCAUGAAGCAGGAGCUGAUCGACAAGCUGAAGGAGGAGGCUGAGACCAUGAAGGCCGAGCUGGAGACCGUCCCCGUCCUCAAAGCCCAGGCGGAGGUGUUCAAGGCGGACUUCCUGGCGGAGCGCGCAGCCCGCGAGCAGCUGCACCAGCACAAGGAGCUGCAGCAGGAGAGGAUCAAGGCCCUGCAGGUGGAAUUCGACAAGCUGCGGGCCGAGCACGAGGUGGCCAUGAGGGCACACAUCGAGGAGCUGCAGCGACGGCACAGCGACAGUCUCCGCACGCCCGUAGGCGGCCAAGGUAACUACUUCCAGAACGGCAGCACCGUCCCGUUCCACGUGCCCGCCGAGCCACCCCACCGGCAUGCCUUUCCCGACGAGCAGCCGGACUACCGGUGCCCCAAGUGUCAGUACCAGGCGCCGGACAUGGACACCCUGCAGAUACACGUCAUGGACUGCAUACAGUGAGACCCGCCCCUCACAGUGGGGGGGGGGGGGGGGGGGGUGGGGUGGGUGAUGUGCCCCCACCCUUCCCCACCCCCGGACAGAGAGAGCGCGCGGGACGUCUCCGUAAACUUUGCGGCCGGGAGUGACGACUUUUGGGGGGUGGGGUAGAGUGAGGCAGGACGGGUGGGGGCGUGUGUGGCACCCCCCCCCCCCCCCCCCCCCCCCCGGGGCGGUCAAUUUCUUCGCGGAUUUUGCCCACCGCCGCGCCUCCCGCUGUCCCGCACCCGUUCCCCACCCCACCCAAGGUGUCUGCGCUCAGUGUCCUAGGAUGUAGGGAGGAGGCAAAAGUAGAACAUUUAGUGGGGGUGUGUGUGAGAGAGAGAGGGUGGGGUUAAGUGUCCCGGGAAGAGAUCUUGUCCUUAUUUUUCAGGUGGGGGGGAGUGGUGGGAAAUCACAUGACCCGUCCCCUUCCAAGAGCACAGACCAUUUGCUGCGUCGGGUAUAUACUAUCUCGUAGACCGACCUGGCCCCUCCCGUUCCAUGCUAGGGGCUCAUCCCUAUCCCCCCCUCGCCUUUGAUCCCAACCUCUUCCCCCUUCCUCACCCGCACCCCUCUCCGCCCCCCUUUUACCCAUUGAUGCCUUAAAUCCUCCCCAACACCCCCCAAACUGGGGAAUCUCCGUGCAGAGGUGGGGGUCGGUUCCCGGGGUUUUCAUCCCCCUCCCUCCCCCCAGCAUUCCAAAGGCGGGCAAAUCAGCUGCAGGGAAUUACCCCCUUGGUUGGUGCGGGGGGGGAAUGGUGGGGCUGUGUUUGAGACGGAGAGGGGGCUGGUAUAGAUCCGCUGGGCCGAGUGGCUGAAUGGCGGUCAGGAUCGAACCCGGGUCUCCGGCGCUGGGAGACGGGGCUUAACCCGCUGCGCCACCACGGCCAAACCGAUAUCCCUGUGUGGAACGUGUCGACUUCCUCGAACUCUGAGCAGAGGCAAGACUCCGGGGGUCCCUCCACGUCCCUUGGAGGGAGUGUGGCGGACGUGGGAUGCUUUGGAUUGCUGUGCACCGGUUCGGGGAGGGACGUUGGCUAAUGGGGCCAGAGUAGCCUCCUCCCCGUCUACACCUGUAGGGGUGAAUGUUCACUGUACGUCGGGGGGGGGGGGGGGGGGGUCCUUGACCUGCUCCACACUGAACAACAGCCCUCAUUGUGGACGGAAGAUAUCGAUUGAAUUAAUCUCUCUCCACGCGUUAUACGUCUAUAGCUCGAAUGAAUAAUGUGUACACAUUCUUUUAAUAAAAGAUAUGCAAUGUU